AUGGCUCCUAUUUGCAAACCAACUAUUAGAAAAGAGUGUCAAUGCUCUAUCUGUAAAAGCAAGAGACUAGGAUUCAAUCAUGUAUCUGUUAAAACAUUUAAAUGUCAUCAAGAAAAAGAUAAUCAUGAUAUUACACAUGUUCAAACGCCCCAUGAAGACAUAUGUGAUACAAUUAGUAGUACUGUUUCUGAGCCUGAAGAUAUUGAAAUGAAUUCUGAACUUAGAAGAGCUGUAAUUCUGAUUGUCAUAAUCAACAAGAUCCUGCAGUUUUUGUUUGACCCAUUCCGCCUUCCUGUGAGUGUUGCUGGCCUCAAACAUUUGGUCAGAUUUGAAGCAUUGAUAAGUGGUGUCAAUGUUGUGGUGGUUGAAGUUGAAGAAGUUUUUAAGAGGAAGAAUUGA